CAUUCAUACGCCGUCCUACAUACUCAGUCCAUCCUGGCUCUCUUCGGAUCAUCGACCCUCGAAAGAAACAGAAAACCAUGACGAGCAACUCCCCCCAUGGGCCGAUCUCCGAAGAACCUUCGUCGCGAUCGAGAUCAGAUUUCCCAGACAAUCGGUUCUUGGAGUUGAAACCACAUCGAGACGCCGAAAGACAAAAUGCGGUCCGUCAAGGACUGAUUCCUGAUCCGCUCAAGCCCCGCCGACUGGAUGAGGCCCUACCUUUCUUGGGCACCUGUCUUGAUAUGUGCCCCGAGUUCGAACGGCACGAGAGGGAAUACCAGAAUAACUCAGACAGAUGGGAACGAUAUCCCGGUACAUUUCGAAUCGACCCCAAAAAAGCUGUCAAGGCAUUCCAUCGCCCAGCUGCAGGGAACGACCAACCCUUACCAUCAGAUGUCCGGCCUCCCGGUAUCCUAAAGAGCACGUUGGAUUACUUGUUCAAGACCUUACUUGCGAAGGAGUCUCUGUUUGAUACCCAUGGCUUCAUUCGUGAUCGAACACGUUCGAUCCGCCAAGAUUUCACGCUUCAAAAUGACCGGGGGCCAAUAGCAAUCGAAUGCCACGAACGAAUCGCGCGUUAUCACAUCCUUUGUCUACAUUUCUUACGCGAUAAGGAGGGCAUCGGAAGCUAUCAGGAACAGCAAGAGCUCGAGCAGGUUCGGAAAGUUUUGCAGUCACUCAACGAAUUCUAUGACGAUUAUCGGGGAUCAAAUUGCUUCUGCCCCAAUGAGGCCGAGUUUCGUGCCUAUUACCUUCUAACUCAUUUACGAGAUUCGGAUGCUGCACGUGCCACCGAGCGCCUUCCCGAAAAGGUGUUUAGCGAUCAAAGACUACAAUCGGCUCUCCAGUUACAAAUCUUGGCCCAAUGUGGAAAUAUGAGUCGAGCUGCCGGUCGGAGGCCGGCGAAUUCACCAGCAACCUUGAACGCGUUCACCCGUCUGUUCAAGAAAGUCAGCUCCACUCAGACCUCCUUCCUCAAUGCCUGUCUUCUCGAAACUCAUUUCAGUGAGAUCCGUGUCUCUGCCCUCAAAGCCCUGCGCUUGGCACAAUGUCGGAAGUACGGGGCUCAUGUACCGCUUGUUGAGAUCGCAAGGCUCUGUUACAUGUCACUCGAAGAAUCAUAUGGCUUCUGCAAUGCAUGUGGCCUGACGAUGUCGUCGGGAGAAUUGGAAAGAUGUACGGUGGAGCUACAUAGGCAUGCCCCUUUUGAUGAUAAGCCUGUAACCUACCGGACCGGCCAGUCGGUCUUUAUCACUGCCAAGGGAACCCAUUUAUCAAUCAUCGACUUUAUAGAUGGAGCUGAACCUGCUGCAUCUCCUCUCCCACCAGUCCCAACAAUCUUCAAAGCCCCAAAAUCGAUCCAGCGUCCACUCACCCUACCAGUCGCUCCAUCUCUCUUUUCCCCUACCUUCUCAGUCGUGCCUUCUGUCCAAAAAUCAGUAACCGUUGACCGAUCAGUAUUUUCACCCAUCAAAACCAGUCCUUCAAUCGUCCCCUCUCCUACGGCCCACGCAACCCCAUUACGCACUCUUCAGGUUUCGCCUAAAAACUUUAGAUCUGCUGAGCUGACCUCGAGCCGAGAAAGAACCAAGCGCUCUGCGUCUUUGAAAUCGAUACAAGCCUCUCCCUCCUUCUUCAGUGCAACUGGCCCAACAGCUUCAUCAUCGAAAAAAAGCCCGUCUGGUUCGCUUCCCGCACCAUCUCUCGUGCCCCCAUCACCCUUUAUAACUCAACCAACACAGCCACCAGUGGUGAAUCAUGAUAAGGCUAUUGCCAAUCUUAGUGCGGAACUUGUAUCGAAUCUCGUGGAAUCGUCGAUCGCGCAAGUUGCACAGAAUACACUCUUAAAGAAGUCCAUGAAAGCAUCUGCUGAAGACAAAAGGAGGACUGAGAGCGUCAUCUCUCAUUUCUCACGUAACAUAGAAACUUUAGUUCUAUCAGAGGUCGUACAGGAUGUCGUCUUUGAUCUCGCGGCUUCUUCUCUCCUGGCUAUAUACCAUACCAAACGUCAACGCGCUUUACUCAAAUUUACAUUUCAAAAGUGGAUGACUAUCUCUCGUUCUCACAAGUCAAGACUCAGCUGGAAAGGAUUUGAUCCAGCAAGAGUCCAAAGCCUCCCAGUUGGCGAUAUAUCGUCGAUCUGGAAUCCGGGAAGUAUGAAAAAAGCGGUGAGCCAAUACUUGUACCGCAAGGUUCUCUCGACGUACCAACUCUCGAUCCGAGAGAUUCGGGUCUUAGUGAUCACACCUGCCCAAGCACCCAGCGUCCAAGCUUGGCUACGUUGUAAAUUUGAUAUUGCCGUCGGUCAGAGUCGCACUCAAUCGACCAUCAAUGAAGUCUCAUUUUCCUUCGAGCUCGCCGACUAUUCUCUGGAUCUAAAGGACAUCUCUCGCUAUGAUUUGAUUCUUGUCUGGCAAGAGCCUACCGAGCAAACAAGUUCAUUUUCGGUCCAAUUAAUGAGAAUUCUUCAGACCCGAUCGCUUUGCCACGUCUGUUGCCUUGGAAUAUCAUGGCAGGUUCAGCAACCAAACGCACCAGGGAACUCGAGUGGUCGGGAUGGGCUUGAUCAGGUCUAUCUGUCUCUAGACGCGCCGGAGGUUGAGCUCGAGCAAGCUCUUCAAGAUCGCUGGCCCGUUCCGCAAGUCAACACAGCGAUGUCAAUGAACAAUGCAGAUCGCCUGUUGCCUCUUAUGCAUAUUUGGAGAGGCGUACAUCGGAAAGCUGCCAGCUUGCUUCAUGCAUAUGUUCCCGUCAACGACUUUCGUCUGACGGACGAAAUCAAGUCAUUACUCAAGAGCUUACUCAUCAAAUUCAGUGUCGAUGUUCUCGAGGUAAUCUCUGGGUAUGUUGGCAGGAUGUUACAUCCCCCUGACGAUGCCCUACUUGCAUUUGUCAUCCAAACCUUGCACAUCAGCCAUCUGUCGGAUUUACAACCGGAUAACGUCGAUCGUCUUCUAUCCGAAUAUCAGUCCUCUUUACCCCUCGGCACUUUCUCAUUCAAUCUCUCACAUCUAUUUGAGUCACAAGCACAACUGUCUCUAGUGGAAUUUUUUCAGCUGUUUGGGCAACAUCUGUUGGCGGCUUGGCUGGAUUGUAUUACCGGCUAUCUGCAGUCUUCGUCAUCGACCGACAGCGAUCUGGAGAGCUCGAGAACAUCGACUCGCGUGCUCUGGUCCCCACUUAAAACGGCUUCUGCUGGGACCACUGAACACGCCCAGCUUCGCCCCAAACUCGACUCUUCCUUCCAGCGUCUUCAGCGUCAGGUCGUUGAGGUUUUCCCCAGACCGCUCACUCUUGAUCAUCCAUCGAUCUCGGAUAGUAACUUGUCCAUCAGAGAUAACGGACUGGCUCAUACUGACCAAGAUAUCAGUCCUCAUAAUAAGAAGAAACGCAAAGCUGAUCGCUUGGCCGAGUUACGGCUAUUAGUCACUCAAACCCGCGAAGGCUUGAAAUCUUAACCUCACUUCUUUUUCCUUCUCUCUCUUUCUCUUUCUCUCUCUCUUGAAAUCAUAUGAAAUCUAUGAACAUCCUUUUCUUUGUUGUUUUCAAUCGUUCCUCCAACUCCGGUUGUUUUUUUUUUUGCAAAAAAAAUCAACCGGGGUCUGUAUCAAACUCGGAUCCAGAGUUACAAUUUCUCCUUUUUUUUUCGAUAUCGGUUGGACGGGGUUUGGGUCGGAUUUGUUGUUGUUGUUCUUGUGCAGGAAUGGAUCUAUAAAUGUGGUCGUGAUGUACCUGAAUCCUGGA